AUGUCGUCAACAUCCCAGAAACACAAGGAGUUUGUGGCAGAACCCAUGGGGGAGAAGCCAGUCAAUGCACUUGCUGGCAUUGGAGAGGUGCUUGGCAAGAGACUGGAGGAGAAGGGCUUCGACAAGGUGAUGCAGAGUAUACUUAACUUUGUUGGAACUUUCAUAAUGGAACUUUAUUUUGUGAAUGUUUACAUUAUAGUCAUUUCAUAUACCACAUCACAGUCAUAGUAAGUAUAGCAAAGUCAGUGCUAGCAAGAAAAGAUAAUGCAUUGUUGUGCAACUUUUACCUAGUGGUUAGUGUAUUAUCAUUCAUGUUCUCUUUUUCCUUCUCCAUUCUCACUUGCAUACAUCCACAGGCUUACGUGGUCCUGGGUCAGUUCCUGGUGCUGAAGAAGGAUGAGGAGCUAUUCCGGGACUGGCUGAAAGAAUCAUGCGGGGCCAAUGUCAAACAGCAGGGUGAUUGCUAUGGCUGCCUGCGUGAGUGGUGCGAUUCUUUCCUGUAG